AUGGGGAAGGCCGCGGCGGUGGGCACGGCGGUGGUGGUGUGCGCGGCCGUCGGGGUGGCGGUCGUGGUGGCGCGCAGGCGGCGCCGGCGGGAGGCCGAGCUGCAGGGGUCCGCAGAGGCGGAUAGGAAGAGGCGGGCGGCCGCCGUGAUCGAGGAGGUGGAGCGCAGCCUCUCCACGCCCACCGCGCUGCUGCGGAGCAUCGCGGACGCCAUGGUGUCUGAGAUGGAGCGCGGCCUGCGCGGGGACAUCCACUCGCAGCUUAAGAUGCUCAUCAGCUACGUCGACAACCUCCCCACCGGGGAUGAACAUGGGCUGUAUUAUGCACUGGAUCUUGGAGGCACAAACUUCCGUGUGCUGCGAGUCCAGCUAGGAGGAAGGGAGAAACGUGUUGUCAAACAACAGUAUGAGGAGGUUUCCAUUCCACCACAUCUGAUGGUCGGGUCUUCCAUGGAACUAUUCGAUUUUAUUGCUGCUGCAUUGGCCAAAUUUGUUGAUACUGAAGGUGAAGAUUUCCAUCUCCCAGAGGGUAGGCAGAGAGAACUUGGUUUCACCUUUUCCUUCCCAGUGAACCAAAUAUCAAUAUCGUCAGGAACACUCAUCAAGUGGACAAAAGGAUUUUCUGUCAACGGCACGGUUGGUGCAGAUGUUGUAUCUGAGUUGAGCAAGGCCAUGGAGAGGCAGGGGCUAGAUAUGAAAGUUACGGCGUUGGUUAAUGAUACAGUUGGCACAUUGGCCGGUGGGAGAUAUAUGGAUAACGAUGUAGUUGCAGCUGUAAUAUUGGGCACUGGUACAAAUGCAGCAUAUGUGGAGCACGCAAAUGCAAUUCCUAAAUGGACUGGUUUACUGCCUAAAUCUGGGAACAUGGUAAUUAAUACGGAAUGGGGGAGCUUCAAAUCCGACAAGCUUCCUCUUUCAGAAUACGAUAAAGCCAUGGACUUUGAAAGUUUGAACCCUGGAGAACAGAUAUACGAAAAAAUGAUUUCUGGCAUGUAUCUAGGAGAGAUUGUGCGAAGAAUUUUACUGAAGUUGGCACAUGAUGCUUCUCUAUUUGGGGAUGUUGUUCCAUCUAAGCUGGAGCAGCCAUUUGUACUGAGGACACCAGAUAUGUCAGCCAUGCAUCAUGACUCCUCACAUGACCUCAAAAUUCUGGGAGCUAAGCUGAAGGAUAUUGUUGGGGUUGCGGAUACUUCCCUGGAAGUAAGAUAUAUUACUCGACACAUCUGCGACCUUGUUGCUGAGCGUGGGGCACGCUUAGCCGCUGCUGGUAUAUAUAGCAUCCUGAAGAAGAUAGGCCGGGACAAAGUACCAAGCAAUGGCAGUAAAAUGCCGAGGACCGUCAUUGCUUUGGAUGGUGGGCUGUAUGAACAUUACAAAAAGUUCAGCAGUUGUGUAGAAACUACUCUUACAGACUUGCUCGGUGAAGAGGCCUCAUCCUCCGUGGUUGCCAAGCUGGCCAACGAUGGCUCUGGCAUUGGAGCAGCUCUUCUUGCAGCCUCACACUCCCAAUAUGCCGAUGUCGACUAGUCUUGAAAUCAAGCAUGGAUCAAACUUUUGAGUGUAGUUUCUCAUUUUUUUCCUUUUUCCCUUCAAACAUUCCUUAUAUUCCGGGCUCUCCUCGGGGAAAUUUUCAGCUUCCUUUCUUGGCUAUUCUGGAUGCACCCAAGUUCUCUGCAGCGGGAUAUAGCUAGUAUAGAACCGAUGAGUUUGGAGGUUCUCUGAUGGCAUAAAUGUUUGGACGGCAGGAGCAUAGAAUUGGAGGUUGAACAAUGCCAUUCAUGUUCUGCCCAUUUUUUCCCCUUGUAUGGUGUUGUAAACCAAUCAAAAAUUUUAACCUUUUUUGUGUUGGCAAUAAAGAGGAGGACACGAACGAAUUUAACCA